AUGCUGGUUCAAAAGUGGGCUGGAUGGAUCGCAUCCUUACUGUUGAUACUCGCUUCAGUGUUGUCCGUGUCUAUUUUCCAAGACCCCGAGUAUGUGUACACACCUUGGCUAGACUCUACAUACGGCAUCCUUCACAGACCUGCACUGUCUCUUGGUGUUGGAUGGGUCAUACUGGCCUGCUCUACUGGAAACGGAGGUGUCGUGAACUCUCUGCUGGGAUGGUCGGGAAUGGUUGUGUUAUCUCGGCUCACUUACUGUGCGUUUCUUGUCCACUUCUUUGUUCAAGAUGUCCAGGCAUUCAGUACCAAAACUGCAGUCACGACUGACUUCUUAAAUUUGUGGUUUUUGUUCUCCGCAGACUUUGUGAUCAGUUAUCUAUUAGCUGCAGUUCUGCAUUUGACAGUUGAAGCGCCUGUCAAUAACAUUUUGAAAAUAUUCCUCAAACAAAAAGAUUCAAAAUUGGAAGCUGUACCAUCUACUUCUGGCACACAACUGCAAUCAACUGUUGGGAACAUAAUGAUGGAGUGAAAUUAAAAAUUCAUUAAAUUAAACAAGAGACAGAAAAGUUAUAAAGUUCAUGAAUAUUAGGCUGCAGUUGUUUAAGAAUGUAAAGUAGUAUAUCUUUUUUGAUGCUUUAGGACAAAAAUAAUCUGAGAAUAACCUCAAGCUGCCAGUUAUUGUUUUAAAUAGUAAACUAGGCCUAUGUAAUUAAAUAAAGUACAUAACUGUUUUGCAACUAUAUUAAAGUUUUAACUAACCUACCAAUACAGGUAGUUUGAUUUCUAUUAUUCUGAAAAAGAUGGAUUAUUGAUCAACAUAAGCAAAUAUACUUUACUGCAACAAACCCAACUAAACACGUAAUUAUUUU